AUGAAGCCCGCGUACGAGAGCCGCGUGGACACGGCGUUCGAAGGCCCGAAGCUGAAGCAAGUUUGGUUGGACAUGGAGCACAAGUGCUGGGAGACGUACCUGGAUGAGGCCGAUGAUGACUUCAAAGGAGUCCAUCCAUACUUGAAGUUGAAGAAGGAGGUCAGCCAGUGCAAGGCGAUCAUCAAGGAGGAUACUCGACGAGAAGUUCUGCAGGAGUGCACACAGAAGAUCGUCGAAUUGGCACAAGAAUGCAGCGCCGGAAAGAGGAAGAAAGUGGCUCUAAGUCGCCAACUCAGCGUGUCUUCUCGCGGCAUCAGGGAUUCGUUCAUCCUCAGCUUUGCUGUCCCAGUCCAGAACCACGACCGUUGUUGGCUUGGCACUUACGAUGUAGUUGUCCUGCAGCAGGUCACCAUUGUCAGCUUGGAUUUCUACCUGACCAAGCCGGGGCUAGGCGAUCAAGCCCGAUCACAAUGCACAGGCAAAGCCUUCAAAGAAGUGCCGGUCAUCCGUGUGUUCGGCUACACCGAUACCGGCCAGACUGCUUGCACUCAUGUCCACGGAAUUUUCCCCUUCUUCUACGUUCAGGUGAGCCUUUCUCAGAUAGAGGAGAUUGGUCAGGAAAACGGGAAAGAGGGUUUCCUGCAAGCCUUCGCCGAUGGUCUGGAACACGCAGUGUGUCUUCACCAAGCCAGCUUGGUCACACAACGCGCGAAUUCGCCGGCUUUAGUCGGAGAGAGGGCGUAUUUGCAUGAUCUUCGGUGGGUGACCGGCUGGCAGUCUGUGUAUGGUUACGGCAACAGGGCUGAGAACACGGAGGAACACUUCAUCCAAAUCUGGGUCGCGCAGCCUCAGUACACGGGGCUCAUGGCCCAUCUGCUGCAGCAAGGUGCUGUACUGUCCAUGUCAUUUCAGCCUUUCGAGGUGCACUUACCAUACCUUUUGCACUUCUUGGACUCAUUUGGGCUUGGUGGUAUGAGGGAGUUAGUUGUGGACCCCGCGCGAGUCGCUUUGCGUGGUGAACUCCCCGAGCAAGCUUUGUCGACUUUUCCUUGGCAUCCACUUUGGGCUUCCAAAUUGGGCUCCUCUGCCCGAGAACGACUGCUCUGCUGCAGAGGGCAGAAGCCCUGGUGGUGUGACAAAGCUGCCUCCGAAACCAGGCCCAAAUCCGUGCAUCCGCGCACCACGACCUGUGAGGUAGAAGUGGAUUGCAGUGCAACAGACAUUCUGCCACCUCUGUCAUCUACGGCCAGUGAAAUUCCAACCUCCGAAGCCCAAGAAGCUACAGUUCACGAUUGCACGCGCGGCUGGAUUUGUGACACGCUGCGGGAGCUGUGGCGAGACGAGGAACAGCGCUGCACAGUCAUGGCACAAGCUGUUCCGUGGGACCGAGUGCCGCUCCAGCCUGGUGUGCCUGGGCACGGCGCGGCAGCCCUCACCCCGGAUGUGAUGGACGAGUGCAUGCUACAGCGGCUGAAGAGUUUGCUAGAAGGUCAAAAUGCACCAGCUCAAGCAUUCGGGGAAUCUGCGUCACCCUCCCGGGGAACUCAGGCAAUGGGUGUAUGGAGCCAGCAGGAUGUGGUGCAGGUCGACACGAAGAGCAAGGUGUCGCCUAAGUUUGUGAAGGCACUUGAGACCUUGGAGGCAGCUAUGUCGCAACAGAUGACCCCACCAGAUGAAGCCACAGCCACCUUGCUCCAUCGAGGCUACCAGCAGAGUGAGCCCCAGGAGGACACAGCCACAGAGCCGGACACUGACUGCGGCGCAACGGAGCUAGACGAGCUGGAGAACGAAGCUGCGUCGGAAGAAGCAGAGACUGCAGAGUGUGCCCCAACUCAACUGGAUGCGGCACCGACGCAGGCCGAUUUUCCAGACUGCGUGCAAGGUGGUGUGCAAGAUCAGCCGGACAAAUUGGCUGAGAAUGUCCCCUUGUCGCCUAUGAGGCCAGCAGAGCUCUUUCCACUCAUUGCAGAGGCAGCUUGCAGUUCUGAGCAGGGUCCGCUUCCUCCAGCAAAAGGAUUCUAUUCAGAGCCUGAUGACUUGGACUUGGGCACCACGGCUACCGAGCAGGCCGGGGUGUGGGAGUACUGGCAGCCGCCGCCCACCUACGAGGCCACGGCACGAUCGAAAAGCAAGCGCCAGCCAGACGAGGAAGAAGGAGAUGAUGUAAUCACCAAGUUUGACAAUGCAGGUCGGUUGACGACCCUUCGGCGCAAAGCGACAACAGGCAACCAAGGAAAGCGCCUGGGGCGCAAAAGGCAGGCAUCACUUUCGGAGGCAACAGCACCGACACCGGCUCCGCCAAAACCACUACGCCAGGCUGCAGAUGCUCCGCCCCUCUUCGGCACCCUGCUGACUGUGGAGGUCCUGGAGCUCCCUGCGCAGUCGCCACAGGGUCCUUCUCUCAUUGGUGCGGUCGCAUUCUGCUUACGUGACGAGCGGGUACGCUGCCUGCUGGCCGAAGAAGACCAGGACUAUGAGGAUGGCCUUGGUUUGAUCUGCAUCGAAGGCACCCAGCCGCUGGAGGUUGAUCCCAAGGUUCUGGUGAAGGAGGUUGCCUCUGAGCAGGAUGUCUUUGUCACGCUGGCGGACAUUUUCCGGGAAGCAGAUCCUUCGGUCGUGAUGGGGUACGACAUUGUGAAAGGAUCGCUUGGACGACUGAUUUCGCGUGCGCAGGAAUUGGGGAUCAGAGGCUUCCCCGAAGCCUUGGCGCGAGCAGCCAGUUCAGCAAGGCAUGGAGCACCUCAGGCCCUCCAGGCCACAGCAAUGUCCAGCCAAGUGGCAGAUAUUCCUGGCAGUCCUGCUGAGCAGACAGGCGCGCCCCGCAAGCUCUAUCCACCAGAGCAGGUCAGUGGAGGCCUUGAGUUGCCUGGCCGACUGGUACUCAACGUCUGGCGGGUGUUGCGAGGGGAGGCGAAAUUGCCCACGAGCUCGUUGCACACGGCUGCGCAAAUUCUCCUUGGAGAGAUCCUGCCUUUCCUGCCACCAGAAGCGUUGGCCCGUCGCUGGAGAAGCUCUGUCCCGCACCGCAGACGAGAAGCCGCCGAAACCUUGCUGUGCAAGGCAAAGUGCAGCUUGCGACUCUUGGAUGCUUUGAACGUGCUUCCGCGUGCAGCGGAGACGGCCAGAAUGUUGGGAAUAGACGUGUUGAGCGUCUUAUCCAGAGGAUCCCAGUAUCGCGUGGAGGGGCUGUUGACCCGGGCGGCUCAUCAGGAACGAAUGCUGCUUCUCUCGCCUUCUAGAUCUCAGGUCGCUGGCCAAAGAGGUGCAGAAUGUAUACCUUUGGUGAUGGAGCCGCGCAGCGGCUUUUACUUCGACCCGGUCGUGGUUCUGGAUUUUCAAUCGCUGUACCCCUCGAUCAUCAUCGCCUACAACCUCUGCUUUUCUACUUGCGCAGGCCGCCUGCAAGACAUUGGUGCCGAAGGCAGGCUCGGCGUACUGGAGGCAUACCGUCAAACAGGCCUGAGGCUCCAAGAUGUAUUUGUGACGCCAAACGAGGCUGUCUUCGUCAAGAGAGCCAAAAAGCCUGGAAUACUGCCUCGGAUGCUGCACGAGAUUCUACAGACACGAAUCAUGGUCAAGAAGGCCUUGAAAGCCUUGCAGAAGGACACUGGAGAUGCGGAGGCGAGGGCGCGUCUGCUGGAUGCCAGGCAGUUCGGCCUCAAGAUGAUCGCCAACGUCACAUACGGCUACACUGGUGCGUCCUUCAGCGGUAGGAUGCCGUGUGUGGAACUCGCCGAUGCCAUAGUUCAGACCGCCAGGCGGACCUUGGAGAGGGCUGUCCGCUGGGUCGAGAAAGAGGUACCUGGUGCCGAGGUACUUUAUGGUGAUACCGACUCUAUGUUCGUCCGACUGCCUGGGCGAUCCAAGGACGAAGCCUUCAAAGAAGGAGCCAGGAUAGCCAGGGAGGUGACUAGCCACAACCCGACGCCUGUGGAGCUCCAGAUGGAUAAAGUGUACUGGCCCUGUUGCCUGGCGUCCAAGAAAAGAUAUGUUGGCCAUGCCUGGACAUCGCCGUCUGAUGCCGCACCGGUGUUCGAUGCAAAGGGUAUAGAAACUGUCCGCAGGGACCAGUGCACGGCAACGCAGCACAUGCUUCGAGGCGCUCUCGAAGUCUUCUUUGAGUCUCGAGGCAAUCUGUCCAUCCUGAAGCAGUACAUCCGCAGACAUGUGGACAGGAUACGCGAGGGCCGCUUCAAUCUGCAGGAUUUCAUCUUCCACCACGAGGUCAGACCACCUGACGAGUACAAGGGACAUGGGCCACUGGCAGCCCAGGCAGUCCGUCGAAGCGGAGUUUCGUGGCCCUCGCCGGGCGAGAGGUUCUCCUUUGUCAUCGCGGAAGGUCCGCCAGGGUCGAGGCUGGCCGAUGUAGCAGUAGUUCCGGGGGAAGUUACUGGCGGCCGUCCGUUGCAAGCACCCGAGGCAGAGGCAGGUCGCACACCGCUUUUCCUGAACGUCGAGUAUUAUUUGGAGCGUCAGAUUGGUCCAGCGCUUCAUCGACUGUUUAUGCUAGUCAGAGGACCAAACGGACUGCAAGGGCAGGUAGACAUCCGUCGUUGGAUCGCAGAAGGGCCUCGCCCUAGGCGAAGGGAUGUCGCCGCUAUUUCAAUGCGGAGUUCCUUGUUCUCUGCAUCUGCCAUGCUGAGCAGCAUGGCUGCGGGCUUCAUCUGCCAAGCAUGUGGGCAAAAGACAGGUGCCAGGAUCAGCGGCACGGUCGGUCUUUGCGGUCAGUGUCAACGUGGUGGAGCUGUCGAACGGCUUCUUGAAGGUAUGUCUCAACGAGGCUACUGGGAGAAGCGCGUCCAGGGAUGUCGGGAGAUGUGCAUGAGGUGCAGCAACUCCACCGACAUCGAAGAAGACUGCCGCAGCAUCUACUGCACAGUCUUCUUUCGCAAGGUCAACGCACAUCUGCAGCUCAGCGCGUGUGUCUCUCCAAAGUCGUGGCCAGCCGCAGCGGAUUGGUGA